AUGGGAGACCUUUUGUCCUUAUUUUGGGAGGUAGAUCCUCCCCCCAUACCUUUAAGUUUUACCAUCCCAAGUCAGGAAUAUGAAUGCCGGAAGGAUGACUCUUGCGGGGCAAUAGGGAACUUCCUGCUUUGGUAUUUUGUCAUUAUAUUGGUCCUGAUGUUCUUCUCUCGGGCUUCUGUCUGGAUGUCGGAGAAGAAAAAGGAUGAAGACAGUGGGACCAGCACCUCAGUCAGUAAAGCAAGCAAAGACACUUCCUAUAAGCGGCAAAGCAAAGAUGGUGACUGGGACUCUUUACAAAUGAUGAAAAAACCAAAGCAGAGCCAACUUACCCCUGUAACUGACUCAGAAAUGGCUUUGGUCAAUGCCUAUCUUGAACAAAGACGAGCCCGGCGCCAUUCUCAGUUCAGCCAGGUGAAUCAGAUCCAACACGAUAGUGAUACUACUGAGUGUGACAGUGAAGAAUCUAACUCGGGAGCCUCCUCGUGGAAGGAGAGUGAAAGUGAACACCAUCCAUCACCAGCUAGUAUUAAGAAGAGAAAACUAGCUCAGAGGCAAAGGAAUGUGGGAAGUUACCAAAUCAGGGAAAGGCCCUGCCUCCACUGCAAAGCCAUGAGAACGAAUGAAUGGUUGACCCGCCAUUUCCUUCAAAGUACUUCAGUAACCCACAUGAAGGCAGAUAUUCAAGAGGAAAAUUGUGUACCUGACAUUAAUACAAAAUUCAGUAAAUUUUGAAUUUUAUCAAGUCCUUACCUUACUUGGAGCCAG